AUGGAAGAACGCAGCCGCUGCGGGAGAACGAUGUUUCGGCUCUAGAUGUCUGAAACGCUCCGCGGAGGGUGAAGCACGCCAGGCGAAGCCGCGGGUCAUGGUCCCGCCCCGGAUGACACUGAUUGCCACGCCGUAGCUCCCCCACCCCACCCUUCACCAUGAGCCUCAUCCAAGACAAACUCGGGAAUGAAUUCCUGCGCUCCAACGGCGGCGUGGACGCCAACUUCGGCUCGGGCAUGAUCAUGUUCAGCCACCUGCCGCCGGUGACCAGCUUCACCCGGCUGGCCGCCCACUCCGUCAUGCAGGACCUCCCGCCGCAGGAGAUGGUCCUGAAGAAGGAGCGCGACUCGCCCGACUGCAGCAUGGGCGCUCACGGCGGCGGGGGCGGCCUGGGCUGCGCGCCGGUGGGAGACUACAUUCACACGGCGGGCAUCAAGCAGGAGAAGCUGUCGGAGCACGACUAUCGCAUGCCGCUGUACGGCGGGGGUCUCGGGAAGGGCGCCGAGCUGCUGGAGGUGACCGUGGGUAACAGCCAGAACCUGCUGGUGCACGACCUCAACAUGGGCAGCCUGCCGAGUCAGUUAGGAAAGGAGCCCACUGGGAGGAAAGGUCGGAGGUCAAACGGUGACGGACAGGAGGGUAAACCAAGAAAGAAGAGGAGCGAAGCAAAGCAGUCGAUGAUGCUGGAUGCCGACGGCGGCAGCCUCUCCCCGGGAAACAAGCCCCACAUCUGCGAGCACUGCAGCGCCUCCUUCAGGAGCUCCUAUCACCUCCGCAGACACGUCCUCAUUCACACAGGUGAAAGACCGUUCAGGUGCAGCCAGUGCAACAUGAGCUUCAUCCAGAAAUACCUCCUCCAGCGGCACGAGAAGAUCCACAGCGGAGAGAAGCCGUUCAGCUGCGACCAGUGCAACAUGCGGUUCAUUCAGAAGUACCACAUGGAGAGGCACAAGCGGACGCACAGCGGAGAGAAGCCCUACAGGUGUGAGACCUGCCAACAGUAUUUUUCUAGAACAGACCGACUGCUGAAGCACAAGCGAACCUGUGGAGAAGCCAUAAAGAAGGAGCUGGAGCCCGGGCUGCUGGAGCUGGGCUGCGUAGACCUGGGCCACGGCAGCUAUGGGGUCACUCAGGGAACCGCCGGCGGCACGGCGAGGAAGAGGGGCCGCUCCAAAGCCUCCGGCGAGGGGGGGGAGCGCAGGAGGAGGAAGGGGGACGGCGGCGCGGCGAGGGGCGCGCCGGAAGGCUUCGGCGUCCACGGCUACUCGGCGGGGAACCACGUGGCGUCGUCCUCCGGCGAGCUGGGGCCCAGCAUGCAGCAGGGCCACCACGGCCGCGCCCCCAAGAUGGCCUUCAAGAAGGCCAACCGCAAGAGUCUGGACAAGGCGGCCAAGCAGGGCGCGCCGGAGCAGGGCGGGGCCAUGGACGGCCUCGGGCUCAUGCAGGGCCACGGCGCCAAGCCGGGACACGGCGGCAGCAACUACGACGACGCCAUGCAGUUCGUGAAGAAGCGGCGCUACCUGCAGGCGGCGGGCGGCGGCGAGUACGACGGGGGCGUCCACCUGUCGGCGCAGCCGUCCGUCAUCCGGUGCGACAUCGCCGGCGUGCUGGACAGCGACGCCCCCCUGAGCCUGGACCGGUCGGGGAUCCCGGACGAGGUGCUGCAGAGCCUGCUGGACCACUACGCCCAGAAGCCCGACGGCCACUUCGACCUGAGCGAGCAGCAGGUGGAGCUGCACGCCGCGCCGGCCGGCGCCGCCAGCCCGUCCGGCGACAAGACCGGCAUGAUGCACGAGUACUCGCGCUUCCUGCUGCAGACGCUGGAGCGCACCACCCACGGCGCCGGCUUCCCCGCCGCCCCGGGCCCCUACAGCGCCUCCCUGUACGCCGACAAGGGCGCGUACUCCGCCUCCCCGCUGGAGUGCGGCUUCGGCCAGCCGGCCGCCGCCGCCGCCUCGCCCUCGCUGCCCUCCUCCGUGCCAAAGUCCCACUUCGCCAUGCUGACGGGCUCCUCGCCGCAGCACGGCUUCCACCUGAGCGGCCUGGACGCCUCCGCACACCAGCAGCUCACGCCGUCGCAGGAGCUGGCCGAGCAGCUGGAGAAGCACUCCUCCACGCCGCCCUCCUCCUACCAGAUCAGCCCGUGCGACCUGAGCGGCCAGAAGGAGCCGCCGCCCUGCAAGCCCGGCCCGCCGGCGGUCUACACGCUGGCCCCCGUGCAGGACCUGACCCCCCUGGACUCCUCCAAGCCCUCCUACCAGAUCGAAAACUUUGCCCAGGCCUUCGGCUCGCAGUUCAAGUCGGACGGCCGGGGCCUGCCGUACGGCGGCGAGUCCGGCGGCGAGCUGGACCACAGGAUACGGACGCCGGUGUCUGAAUUCUCAGGGUAUACUAGUUUGUUAUCUGAUGUCAGCGAGUCUGUGAACACAGGCUCCAAAACUCCAACAAGCCAAAGCUACAGAUGAGAGCCUGGACGGCGGGGAACGCUCCGCCGCUCACUUUGAAUCUUUUGUAGCUCCUAUUUUAUUAUAAUUAAUAUUAUUAUUGUUGUUAUUUUUUUAAUUAAGUGACAUCUAUAUUUGGAUGACGAUGCCGAUGCUCUGUCUUUGUGCCCACUCCUCUCGCCGCGAGGCUCUCCUGCAGA